GGGAUAGGCCCACGUUGGUGAGGAGCAAGGAGAUGAAUGUGGCAGCCAAGUACCGCAUGGCCUCCCUCUAUGUGGGUGACCUGCAUGGGGAUGUCACCGAGGACCUGCUGUUCAAGAAGUUCAGCACUGUGGGGCCUGUCUUGUCCAUCCGCAUCUGCAGGGACGCGGUCACGCGCCGCUCCCUGGGCUAUGCCUACGUGAACUUCUUGCAGCUGGCUGAUGCUCAGAAGGCCCUGGACACGAUGAACUUUGACAUGGUAAAAGGCAAGUGCAUCCGUCUCAUGUGGUCUCAACGUGACGCCUACUUGAGGAGAUCUGGAAUUGGGAACGUGUUCAUUAAGAAUCUGGACAAAUCCAUCGAUAACAAAACCCUUUAUGAACAUUUUUCAGCUUUUGGAAAGAUCCUGUCUUCCAAGGUGAUGAGUGAUGACCAAGGCUCCAAGGGCUAUGCAUUUGUGCACUUUCAGAACCAGAGUGCUGCAGACAGGGCCAUUGAGGAAAUGAAUGGAAAGCUGCUCAAGGACUGCAAGGUGUUUGUUGGCAGAUUCAAAAACCGAAAAGAUCGGGAAGCGGAACUCAGAAACAAAGCCAGUGAAUUCACCAAUGUUUACAUCAAAAACUUUGGAGAAGACAUGGAUGAUGAGAGACUAAAAGGAGUUUUCAGCAAAUAUGGCAAAACCCUGAGUGUUAAGGUGAUGACAGAUUCCAGUGGGAAAUCCAAAGGCUUUGGCUUUGUGAGUUUUGAUAGCCAUGAGGCUGCCAAAAAGGCAGUUGAAGAAAUGAAUGGCAAGGAUAUAAAUGGGCAGCUGAUUUUUGUAGGCCGGGCACAAAAGAAAGUAGAGCGACAGGCUGAGUUAAAGCAAAUGUUUGCGCAGCUGAAAAAGGAAAGACUUCGUGGGUGCCAGGGGGUAAAGCUCUAUAUUAAGAACCUUGAUGACACCAUUGAUGAUGAAACACUACGAAGGGAAUUUUCUUCAUUUGGAUCAAUUAGCAGAGUUAAGGUAAUGCAAGAAGAAGGUCAAAGCAAAGGGUUUGGCUUGAUCUGCUUCUCCUCUCCUGAGGAGGCUACUAAAGCAAUGACUGAGAUGAAUGGCCGCAUCUUGGGCUCCAAACCCCUCAGCAUUGCCCUGGCCCAGAGGCACUAG